AUGUUUGCUGCUGCUACUAAGAACUUUGUCAAACAAGUAGGUGACGGAGGUAGGUUAAUUCCUGUUCCAAGUCUUAGCGAGGCAGACAAGUACCAACCUUUGAGCCUCGUAAUAAAAAAGAAGAGAUGGUGUUUCUCUAGAAAGGCAAGGUACGUCUCUACACCUUUUACUCUAAAAGAUAUUCUACAUGGAGACAAAGAAAUAUCUGCUGGUGUCAGUUCUUACCAGUUGUUGAAUUAUGAAGAUAAAUCAGAUGUAUCUUGGAACAGACGACAUGGAAAUCAGAUUAUGAAUGACGUUGGAAUUGACAUGUAUGGAUCAGACUCUGUUGCAGUUAAAGCUUCUUUUGGUGUUGUUACCAAGCACGAGGUUGAAGUUCCGACACUUCUUAAGGAACUUAUUUCUAGAACGAUUGACUUAGAUCACUGUUUAAUUCGCCAGUCAAGACAAAGCAGAAAAGAGAUAUUAUGUGUUGUGAUGGAAAGCAUUCGGACAACACGCCAGUGCUCUUUAUCGGUCCAUGCAGGCAUGCGGGGAGAAGCCAUGAGAUUUCACAUCAUUGAAGAUCAAAACUUUAAAGGACGGGAUAAAGCAAUUGUUUUUCCAGCACAUACAACCAUUGCAUUUAGUAUUUUUGAUCUAUACAUUCACCUGGAUGGCCACUUUGAACUAUGUGUAUCAACAGCUUCAAAAGGAGGGUUUGAAAGAGAACCAACCAGGUCAUUUUCAUUGAACACCCUGAGGAACAACUUAUAUCGAUCAGGAAUCCUGUUUACUAGAAGUAAAAGAACGAUGGAUAUCAUUGGUAACUCAGACUCUUAUAUUGAUGAUAUUUUUUCUGAUUACUAUGACAAGGCUGCCAGCAUGACGGACAUAUCCACCACUUUUAAUCGAGAAGGCACUCAUACUCGAGUAAACUUGCUUAAUAAUAACAUCUCUAAGGGACCAUGUGCACUCUGCGGAAUGGGGAACGCAAAAAGAGAAACGGUGUAUGGAUGUUUUGAGUGUUCCUAUAACGGGCAGAAGUAUGUGAGGCUGCACGCAGUACCUUGCUUUGACUUGUGGCAUAAAAGAAUGAAGUAAUCCGUAUAUGUGCCUACUUGUUAUGUCUCAGGUCUAACUGUGCCACACUCCUAAUCAAAGAUGGUUAAGGAAUUUGUUUUAAGUGGCAAAAGAAUUUGCUACAUUUGUAGGUGCUAGUAAAGUAAAAAAAAUAUAUAUAUAUGUUGCAGCCAUCUGAUUUCAAGCCAUUGAAAUCCACUUUAGAAGAGUAUUAAGUAGAGGAUGGGCUCCACAUUAGUAAAGUUAUACCCACAAAUAUGCACAUGUACUAUGCGAUGUAUGUUUAAAGUGAACCUAUCAUGAAAGAUACAGACAUGCAGUUUUCUAAUCAUCUUGACUCUUAUUAUACAAUUGUGUUUCUUCCCUUAAUACUAUUAAAAUAUUAGCUUUUAAUUAAGUUCCAUCACCCCUGACUCAUGCUGAAAGCAUUCAUCAUGUUUUUAUUGGGUGGGUGUUAGAC